AUUUUCAUUAACAAAACGUAAUAUCAAUUUCAUGCAUGAAAUCCUUCCUUGAUUCCAAUAUACAUUGAACACAAGAGUGGCCGCAUAUCAAUGUUUAAAGAAUUCCAUAUAAAAAUAUGUGUGAUCAUACUCGUCCACCUGCACAUAGCGUGGUCCUACCGAGUGUACCAUCUGGACGCAGACGAAGAAAAUGAAGUGCUGUCCGAGUUGAAACGAGCUCUGCAAGGCUACCAGAUACCGAGCUAUGGAGAAGCCAGGCCGAGGCAGAGCCGACACAGACUCAAGCCUGUAGGCAAGUCCAUGUUCGUGAAGAGGAUCGUCCCGCACGGGUACAGGACGGGCGAGUACGAGUACGACUCCCGGCUGAACACUGUGUUUAGACCUCUGUUCAGGUACCACAUUGCCAAACCCAGUGAUGGACAAGAGAGGUCUGUGGAGCGGGAAAUAAAACCGAACCAGAAGAUGUCGAUCAACGAUCUAAUCUCGUUCCUGAAGAAAGAACCCAAUCCACAACCCCUACUGCCAUUUAUCAAAAAAUAUAUUCAACAAGACUUAGAACAUAAACGUAAGAGAAAGAAAAAUAAAAAGAGGUUCUCGUCCCUUCUAAACAAGUUAAGUUUAAAGGAUGAGUUGAAAUUGCUGAGACUUGACUAUGAAAAAUCUGGUGAGCUAAACGACCCGUUCGCUCCGGGCAAGUUGCCGCAUAACUACUUGCCCGACCAAGUAGAGGGCGCGGAAGACAAGCCCGUUUCAAAAGUCCAUUAUCCUGAAUAUCCUUUCUGGAAUUACUGGACAUAUGAAAAGACAAUAGUCCAAGACAACUGCCCAGCUAACCUUGUGAAAGAAGGCAACAUGUGUGUCUCGCCCAUAGGACACCGUCGAAACGCGAGGAGAUUUACAAGGCUUCCGAAACGAAAAUCCCUUUAUAGAGUAAUCUAAUAACAAUUGAAAACGAAAUAAAUAACACAUCGAAUCUUU